UCCAGUGUGAACGUCAGACGCUACGUAGCGCAUUUUGCGGAAGGGAAGGAGAUAAACACAUUCAACACUGACCUGCAUUUAACGUAGUUUUGGACCCAAUCCGGGAGGACCUCAGUGUGUACCAGACCGCAGGGGUACCGCGGACAGGUUGUCUGUGAAAACUAAGCGCCAACUCCUCCUCUGCUCACAAGAAGCUGCCAUCAUGCUUGGCGGUGGAUUUAAAGCAGAGAGGCUUCGUGUCAAUCUCCGACUGGUCAUCAACCGCCUGAAGCUCUUGGAGAAGAAGAAAACGGAGCUCGCUCAGAAGGCCCGGAAGGAGAUCGCUGAUUACCUGUCAUCGGGGAAGGACGAACGAGCGAGGAUCCGAGUGGAGCACAUCAUCCGGGAGGACUACCUUGUGGAGGCCAUGGAGAUCCUGGAGCUGUACUGUGACCUGCUGCUGGCCCGCUUCGGCCUCAUCCAGUCCAUGAAGGAGCUGGAUCCGGGCCUGCAGGAGGCAGUGUCCACACUCAUCUGGGCAGCCCCCCGUCUGCAGUCAGAAGUGACCGAGCUCAAGAUGGUCUCAGAUCAGCUAUGUGCCAAAUACAGUAAGGAAUAUGGCAAGCUGUGCAGGACGAACCAAAUUGGAACGGUCAAUGACAGGCUGAUGCACAAACUUAGUGUGGAGGCCCCCCCUAAGAUCUUGGUCGAACGCUACCUCAUCGAAAUCGCCAAGAAUUACAAUGUGCCGUAUGAGCCCGAUGCCAUUGUGCGGCCAGAGGUCUGCCCGGGAGAGGAAGCCGACCUUAUCGAAAUGGGCAACGAUAACAAGAAGCCCGGGGGUGGAGGUGGCGGCGGCGGCGGUGGCUUCAUGGCUCCUGCCGGGACAGUGCCCAUGCCAAUGCCAAUGCCCAUGCCCAUGCCUUCACCUCAUGUUCCCUUCAACUACCCUCCGCCCAAAGGACCAGAGACUUUCAGUGGCCCUCCAGUUGGCACCUACGAUGCCUUUAACAACUUCCAGCCCCCAGGGAGAGGUGGGCAGCCUCCACAGUUGCCUAGCUGCCCCCCAACCUAUGAGUCUGUAAGUGUGCCACCCUUCUCCCUCCUUCAGCCUGACCGACAGACAACCGGCCAGCUCAAUUCCCAGGUUACUGGGCCCUCCAAUAAGAUGUACGACAACUCAGGCCUCCCAGAACUCCCCUCUGUACCUGACACACUUCCUGCCUCAUCUAUUGGUGGAAAUGCAGCCCCCUCUGACGACAUCGACUUUGAUGACCUGUCGCGCCGCUUUGAGGAGCUCAAGAAGAAAACCUAAACGCCACAGGGCUCCCUGCCUGUGCUCUUCUUUCACUACAGUUAACAGGAAAAGCUAAACCCCUGGAGAAUAGGACACAAAUGGUCUUGCGGCAAAUCUUUGAUACCUCUACUGUUUGUUACAGAUCCCAAUAUUAUUUCAUCUUAUUAAAAAACAAAAUUCUGACUGGUAGGGAAGUAAUAUUUGAAGGCACGAUUACUCUGGGAAUGAAUACUCCAUUGAUUUUAUAGAUAAAGGAAUGCAUAAUGGGGAAAAAACCUUGUAAACUUUAUUAUUACCAGUGUUUAGUCAGAACUCAAAGCUGCGUCUAAACUGAUAUCUCACAAGAAGCCUUUUUCUAAGUACUUUGGAUUAAUCUCUUUUUCGAUAGCAUUUGGUGUUCUGUUUAACAAGUUGUACCACCUGUUGUGUUUUGUUAGAAGAUCACAGCAUGUGAUGAAACCUUGAUUGUGUGUUGACACUACUAGGAAUAUAAAGCAAACCCUGCUGUCUGAGCAGCGCAAUAACUCCUUCACCUCUCCUGUUUCAUCUCAACCCUGGUUCGGAAACCCUUCGAACAGAGAAUGCACUAAUGGAUUUCAAAGGUUAAGAGCGCCAUUAGAUACGUUUUUAAAGUAUAUGUUAUGCACACUUUUUUUAACGUGGUAUCUUGUUUUGGUCUUUAGUUUAUUGUAACAAAAAUGCCAUUAUGUUUUGCAUUUCUCUCUGCUGUGAAAGGCAGUGGAUGUGAUGAGAUGCUGGGCAGGACAGAUUUUAUCUCUGACAGUUUUCGCAAAGAUUGCAUGUAAUGAUGUGGCUUUUGCCUAAAGAAAGGGUGGCAGGGCAGCACAAGGCACAGCAUAGUUUAACAAGCUACGGUAUGUGUUGACAAAAUAACAAGAAACAGGCCUUGAGCGCUAGUUUUUCUGAAACCCUUCAAAUAUGGAGCUGUGACCUUUCCAAAAACUGUUCAGAUAGCUCAUAAAAAAAUUCAGAGAAUGUGGAGCUCUUAAAUUAAAGAAGUUAUUGCUCAUCUCUGCUAUUCUGGUUUGAAAAUCAGUGACAGACAUUUCAAGUUGUUUUUACUCAUCUGCAAUGCCAAAAUGAAUGGUGAUACUAUAUCAGGCUCAAAGAGCCAUUUAAAGACAAGCUUUGGCAAAGCCAGGUUUGUGAUCCUCGUCUUUACCUGAACGAAAUUCAAAACUCCUAAAUAAAACCAGUGCUGCAGAAAAGACAUUAUGGGAGUGGGAUUAUAAUCAAAUGAAAUGCGGGGUGUUAAUUCCUGAUUCAUUAUGUAUAUAAUCAAGCAUAGAAAGGUAUUUAGCUGAACAUGUAUUUUUAAUUUGGUCUGAAAAUCAUUCAGCUCAAAAUGGCAGUUAUAAUUGAUUUUGUUUUCACCUGAACUCCCAGGGUCUGAGUAUCCUUUAAGUGCAGAAACACACAUGAUCUUUUGUCUUAUUUUUAAGCAUCUUGCUUUGUUUUUUAAAAUAAAAAAAAAAAUCAACUACCGGAGAAAAGCAGAUAUUUGAUAUUAGGAUUUUUCAGUUUCAGCUAAUACCAUAGACAACUCAGAAUUUUGUAGUCAAACCUCACAAAACUCAACAUAUAGGGGGUAAAAAAGGAUUAAUUUUGUGUUUAAAAUAAAUCUGAUUUAGCUUUGUCUAAUGUGUAUGUUUAUAUAUCUGCUUUAUAUUGCCUUAGUAAUUUUCCUUUAACAGUGGCCUUUACUGUGUAGUAUGAGGUCAGUAAACAUACAUGGAAGAGGUGCUGAUGGUUUCUGUUAUUGUGCAGGUUAUGUUGUGUUUUGCUUACUGAUGUAUUUAUUUUAUUUCAGAAUUUUUGUUAACUUGUUAUUCCAAUUGAAUUAAAGGAUAUGAAUUUUUCUUUUUA